GGGCAGGACGCGCGAACCCAUGCGGAUGUACCGCUGCGUAAAAUGGCGUCUUGAGCGAGACUCGAUCCAAACUCUGAGCUUCUUUCGGUUGAUUCGGUUCAUUUCUUUUCUUACCUGAGUUGUCGCCGGAGCCGGUGAACCGGAGCUUCUGCCCGGAGCAGGUUCGAGUCCCUGCGUCUCCAGGAAACUAAAGUCCGCUCAGCAGCUGGGAUGGCGAAGAGGAUCGCUGACAAGGAGUUAACGGACAGGAACUGGGAUCAGGAGGAGGAGGGAGAGGAGGCCGGGCAGUUUUCCAUUGCCAGCCAAGAUGUGCUGAAGAGCCGAGUGGUGAAACGAGCCAAACGCCGCAACGUCGGAGCAGAGGGCGAGAACAGCGGAGCUUUCAAAGGGUUCAAAGGUUUUUCUUUGACCAAGCCGGCGGCGAGCAGCGACCCCCCCUCCACCGACUCGCCGGCCACCAUGUUCUCUGGGUUCGGUAACGGAGGAGGGUUUCAGGGCCUCGGCGGUCUGACCAACGGAAACGGCUCCAGUUCUCCAUUCGGAGGCUUCUCGGCUCCGGCUGCCUCCACUGAGACGCCAGGUCUGACGUUCAACGGCCCCUCCUCCGCAAAACCCUUUGCUGAAAUCAUUGCCAAGCCAGUCAAUGGCUCCUCCCCCAGUCCGGCUCCAAUCUUCGGCAUCAUCAUCAGCGGCGGCAGCAGUGUCGGUAACAAGGAGUACAGCCGGCAGCUCACGGCCCUCAACUGCUCUGUGCGCGACUGGAUCACCAAACACGUGAACGACAACCCUCUGUGCGACCUCAACCCGAUCUUCAGGGACUAUGAGCAGCACCUGGCCAGCAUCGAGCGGCAGUACGGCGCCGGAGCGGCGGCUGCCGGAGGCUCGGAGGAGAAGAAGCAGGCAGGGACCACCUCAGCCACUCCUCCUCCUCGCUCCUCUUCCUCCUCCAGCAGCCCGGCGGCUCCGGCUCCGGCCGCUGCCACUUUGUUCUCCUUUGGCAAACAGUCCACAGACGACUCGACCCAAGACAAGAGCUCCACCACCGCUCCGAUCCCCGCCGGCAUCACCUUCAACUUCGGGAAGAAGGUGGACAGCUCCGUCCUCGGAUCCUUAGGGUCCAAGUCCAUGUCCCCCGGCUUCUCCUUCUCCUCGUCCUCCGGUGCCUCCUUCAGUCAGACCUCCGUGUUCGGAACUCCGGGAUCUGCUGCUCCUCUGUCCUUCAGCGGGACGAAGGCUGUGGACGCUCCGCCUGCAGUCGAGAACGGAGAGGAGGAGUCGGAGGAGCCACCGAAACCUGACGUACGAGAGGUGAAGGAGGACGAUGCGUUCCUCUCCAAGAAGUGUAAAAUGUUCUACAAGAAGGACUCAGAGUUCAAAGAGAAGGGCGUUGGAACUCUGCACCUCAAACACAUCGAGGACGGGAAGACUCAGCUGGUGAUUCGGGCCGACACCAACCUGGGAAACAUCCUGCUCAACAUCAUGGUGUCGGCGUCCAUGCCGUGCUCUCGAGUCGGUAAGAACAACGUGAUGGUGGUGUGCGUCCCCAACCCGGUCAUCGACGACAAGAACCCGACCUGCCCCAUCCCGCUGCUCAUCCGGGUGAAAACCGCCGAGGAGGCCGACGAGCUCCACAAGACGCUGGAGGAGAAGAAGGCCUGACUGCCCCCCCC